GUUGGCCACCAAGUUCCUCGAAAAGUUCAAGCCUUAUGCUGUUGCCUUGUCGGAGCAUCUGCAGUUUGCACCACGCUAUGACAUCUUCAAGCCCGAUGAAGGCAUGCUGGGCGAUAGCAACUCGCAGCUCUGCGUCUCAGCCGACGCUGAGAGCUUCUGUGCUCCGGAUCCAGACGGGGGCGGCCCCGUCACCGGAGAAGACGUCGUGAACGAAGAUGUUCGGCAGCUGUGCCUCUGGAACGUCACUGCCAGGAGGGGCGGCACCACUGGAGCCCUCUUCUCCGAGCCUUAUUGGCUGUACGUUGUCAGCUUCAACCGCCGUUGCUCCGUGAGGGCGCACGAUGCUGACCACCGUUUCGGAGAAGUGUGCUCCUUGUCGGUGAUGCGAGAGGUUGGCAUCGAUGCUCAAGCAGUACAGGAUUGCGUCCACCGGAAUCGCCUGCCGAUACUCCGGGAGCAGCUGAAGAACGUCGCCUGGAGCCGCUCAAUUACUGCCGGUGGCCUGCCGGCUACCACUUCCGAGCUGCUACCAAGGAUUGGCCCUCCAACUCAACGGCUGGAGGUACAGCGGCCCGCUGGACCCACAAACGGUGCUGCAAGCAGUGUGUGGUGGAUACACCACGCCCCCUGA